GUUUUGCCGAGGCGGCCCUUCUGCUCAAACAGCGGAAAUACUGUAUAUACAGUGAUCGGAUAAGCCGUCCUAUCGCUGACGACGGGGGAGAAGGAGAAAUCAGAGCAGGCAAUGGAAUCUACGUUAAUCACGAUAUUAUGCCCCCUCCUCCCCUCUCCCUCCAAGUCCAGGGCCCCCUCUUCAUCCCCCCUCGCCGGAGCUCGCCGCAUCGCCUCCGUUUCCUUCUCUUCCGGCAGCGUAUGUGGCGUCUUGCGUCCCCGCGGCGGCGUUACCUCGUCGGUCACCGCCGCAGCGGCGGCACUCGGCGAGGCGACAGGGCCCGAGUCUGAGGCCAUCUUGCUCAGUGUUCAGGGCAUGAUGUGCGACGGGUGCGCUGCGAGCGUCAAGCGGAUUCUCGAGAGUCAGCCCGAGGUUACUUCUGCUACAGUUGAUUAUAAGGAAGCAAGGGCUGUCGUGUGGACAACUCCUGAGGUCAAGGUGGCAGAAGAUUGGCAGAAGCAAUGUGGAGAGAAACUUGCAAGUCAUCUUGGUACUUGUGGAUUUGAGUCUCGUCCACAAGGGCAAAGUGAAGCCUGAGUCUUACUGAUGCCACAGAUGAGCUAUGAGCCCAUCAUGUUAACCAGUGGAGGGCACGUGAUGCUCCAGAUUUGUGUGCGUCUCUGUGAAAGUUGUCUCUAUAAUUGUGGAACUGCAGAUUAUUAUGUUCGUGUUCCUUAUCUAUAGUGUAUAAGCAAUGUAGCUUGCCUUGCUCGUGAACUUCAACUGGAACGUUCCAUCAAACAAAUUGCAAGGGUCACUACUAUAAGCCAAGGAGUUUGACGAAAUGCUGAUUUCAUUUUAUGUCCAGCUGAACCUAGAAUGAAGUGUGUAACGUCAUGAAGAUGUUACAAGUGAAUUUUUGAGUUGCUUAGCAGAUGGCAUCAUAUUAUUUGUUACUCUCUAGUGUUUUUAAUGGAAAUGUGCCUUUUUUUUA